CGACGCCGCCUCGAGUGAGUCUUCUUCGCUGCUGCAAUUCUCACUCACACACACGCUCGGAGCGCCCAGACACACUCAUGAGCUGCCGACGCCGCACAUGAGGCUCAUUGCCGAGCUCCUCGCCUGCUCAUCUCGGUCAGCCAUGCGACCUCCCACCCUCGGGGCCGUGCCGCGGCGCCACCUUCGCGUGCCCGCGCUCCGGCGGCAGUAUUCCGUCCGCAUACCAGGCGAAUCUUCCGCCACCUCCCCCAUCACAACGGUCGCGGCCCUGAGAGCAUGGCGACCGACCGCCGACGUGCCGGAUGUCCAAGUCUGCGGCUGGGUACGCUCCGUGCGCAAGAGCUCUGGGGUCCGCUUCGUCGACGUAACCGACGGGUCCUCGAUGCGACCUGUUCAGGCCGUCAUCGACAAGAAGCUGUGUGCCGACAUGAGGCCCGGCGCCGCCGUUCGUUUAAAGGGGACUUGGUUCAACGUGACGACUGCACGUGUCUCACAACCGAUGGACGGCGAGGUCGCAAGCGACCCGGCUGGAGGGCCCCGUACCCAGGACCCGGCGUCGCCCACCACGCACGAGCUGCAGGUCAGCGAGGUCGACAUACUGGGGGAAUCAGAUCCACAGACAUAUCCCAUCCAGAACAAGUAUCAGACGCCCGAGAGCCUGCGCGCCAUCUCCCACCUCCGUCCCCGGACGCCACUCAACUCGACGCUACUGCGGCUGCGCUCCGAUGCAACUGCUCUGCUCACGCAGUUCUUCUUCGCCGAAAAUUUCCAGCAGACGCACCCUCCCAUCAUCACCUCGUCCGACUGUGAGGGCGCUGGGGAGGCUUUUGCCGUCAAGUCGGGGGAGGACGAAUUCUUCAGAGGGCCCAAGUACCUGACUGUCUCGACGCAGCUGCAUCUCGAGGCCCUGGCGCAAGCCCUUGGCAACGUAUGGACUCUCUCACCGACCUUUCGAGCCGAGAAGAGUGAAACGUCGCGCCACCUGAGUGAAUUUUACAUGCUCGAGGCCGAAAUGUGCUUCGUGCAAGAUAUGGACGAGGUCAUGGCCUUGGUGCAGCGAAUGAUGAAGGCGCUCGCACAGGGACUCAAGGAGCGUGACGCCGCCAGAGAGCUCGAGCUCAACAGGCUGGACUCGCGUGACCCGGCUGAGCGCCUCGCGUUCGCAGACCUGGUCGACCAGGACGAGCUUCGACGUCGAUGGCGGGGCCUUCUCGUACCGGGCCGGUGGCCCCGGAUCACGUACACUGAGGCGAUCGAGCUGCUGCGGCCGGUAGCGGACCGAUUCGAGCACAAGCCAGUCUGGGGGAGCGGGCUGCAAUCCGAGCACGAAAAGUACCUUGCCGAGGAGGUCGGCUACGACAGGGAGCGUGACGCCUACGUCCCCAUAUUUGUGACGGAAUAUCCACGCAAUAUCAAGGCCUUUUACAUGCUCCGCUCGGCCUCACCGCCAUCGCAGGGAGAGACGGUCGACUGCUUCGACCUGCUGGUGCCCAGUCUCGGCGAGCUCGCGGGCGGGUCCAUGCGCGAGCACCGCCUGGGGGAGCUGCAGGACAACAUGAGGCUCCACGGACUGCCAGUGCCCUCGGGGCGAAAGGCGGCGGCGGGCAAUGACAUGACCUGGUACCUCGAUCUUAGGCGCUGGGGCUGUCCGCCGCACGGCGGGUUCGGCUUGGGGUUCGACCGGCUGCUCAGCUACUUGACUGGAGUGCCGAACGUUCGCGACGUGGUCCCCUUUCCGCGCCACCAUGAGCGGUGCGACUGCUAGCCGGUGUCGCACAGCAUGAGGCAGUCAGCUGCAUCCCCCCCCUAGUCAUCCCCUCAUGGCCACAGCACAAGGGCCCGAUAUUCCGGUUGGCGAAGACGCCUCAUGCUGUGCUCGUCAGCGCGCCGUCUGGACUCACCGGCCUCACCAUGGGCCAUGUUGCACAGAUUGUCCGCGAGGGCAAGCUGGUGUUCAGAUGGUCUAGUCGCGGGUCGCACGGUGGCCGCCUUGUCCACAAACGAGGCGGACGCGCGAGGGCAUGGAGUCGGGCGGAUCGGCUGUGAAUGGCGUUAGGUUAGGUCGGCCCGUAUGUUUCGGAACGAGAAGGAGACAACCCGGGAGGCCGCCGUCGUUGACGGCUGAACGUGGGUGAGGCACGGCUCCAGAAUAUUCGUCGAGACUGGCUGCCGGCGCCGUGUUGAAACACGGGCGUUUAUAUCAGGUUACCUGCAUAAUUCUGUGCAUCAUGUAUAUUGUCGCUGAUGCAUAGAACGGCGGAUGCACUGUUGGAGGGUAAAUGGACACGGGCCCAAGAGCCUGGGCGGCAGGACGAUGAUGAAGCACAGUCCUCUUUGUGCCAAUGACACAAGACCGGAUGCCGCUUUACCGCGAGGCGCAUUCUUAUUCAAGCAAGACACGAGAUGCGAGACGCCAUCCAUAGCCAACCACGUCGCUCGUCUUGUCUGUCUAAGGGAAGUAGAUAUUCUGUCCUGUCCUGUCGUGUCUGUCCAUAUCAUGCAAGGAACGACACGUAAAAAGGCUGCGGCGCUGUGCGCAUGUUCGUCUCCGCAGCCGUCGUCGUCGUCGUCGUCG